GUGCACUUUGUUUCUCCUCACACCGCUGGUGGCCGUUUCACCAAAAAAGCCAGCCACCGUUUUCUCUCUCGCUCUGUGCUGUCUCAAUUUCUGAAGUUUCAUCUCUUUCUGGUCACCCCUGGAAUCUUUUACCCCAAUUUAGUUUUUCUGUUUUCUGCUGUUGCUACUGAGAGUCCACAGACACAGUGGUUUGCCAGAAAAUGGCAAGUUUGGUUGAGAGGCUGCGGGUUCGAUCGGAUCGAAGGCCUAUUUACAACUUAGAUGAAUCAGACGAGGAGUCUGAUUUCAUGAAGAAGAAAUCCGGGACGGGUCCUUCAGACAAAACUGAGAAAAUUGAACGGCCUGAUGUGAAGGAGGGUUUAUGUCAAGCUUGUGAAAAAGAUGACAAUCUUUGGAGCUGCGAAACAUGUAAUUAUGCUUACCAUCCCAAGUGCUUGCUGCCACCUUCUAGAGGUUCUCCACCUAGCAGCUGGAAAUGUCCCGAAUGUGUUGGCCACCUCAAUGAGCUCGAGAAAAUACUUGACUGCGAGAUGCGCCCAGGGCCUGCAAAUGAUAGUGAUGCGUCCAAGCUGGGGUCAAAUCAAGUUCUCAUGAAACAUUAUUUAGUAAAGUGGAAAGGGCUGUCGUACCUCCACUGCACAUGGGUGGCUGAGAUGGAGUUUGUAAAGGCAUACAAGUCAAAUCCUCGUUUAAGAACAAAAGUGAAUAACUUCCACAAGCAAGCUUCUUCAUCAAAUAACUCUGAAGAUGAAUAUGUUCCCAUCAGACCAGAUUGGACCACUGUGGAUAGGGUCAUUGCUUGCAGGGAAGUAGAAGAAGGAAAAGAAUAUCUUAUCAAAUGGAAGGAGCUUCCUUAUGAUGAGUGCUACUGGGAAUUGGAAUCAAGCAUUGCAUCCUUUCACAAGGAAAUUGAAAAGUUUAAUAGGAUUCAGUCUCGGCAUGACAAGGUUUCUGUAAAACAAAAGAGCAACCUUCGUGAUGCCAUGGAAUCAAAGAAAAAACAGAAAGAGUUUCAACAGUGUGAGAGCAGCCCUGAUUUUCUAUCUGGAGGUUCAUUGCAUCCGUAUCAGCUUGAAGGGUUGAAUUUCUUACGCUUUGCUUGGUCCAAACAGACGCAUGUGAUACUAGCAGAUGAGAUGGGACUUGGUAAAACAAUACAGAGUAUUGCCUUUUUAGCAUCUCUUUUUGAGGAGAAUCUAUCUCCUCAUCUUGUGGUUGCUCCUCUUUCAACAUUGAGGAACUGGGAACGUGAAUUUGCCACAUGGGCUCCUCAUAUGAAUGUUGUCAUGUAUGUUGGCACUGCCCAAGCACGCAAUGUGAUCAGAGAAUAUGAGUUUUACUAUCCCAAAAGUCAAAAGAAGAGCAAGAAAAAGAAAUCUGGUCAAGCUGUCAGUGAAAGCAAACAAGAUAGAAUAAAAUUUGAUGUCCUUCUGACAUCUUAUGAAAUGAUCAAUAUGGAUUCAUCAUCAUUGAAACCCAUAAAGUGGGAGUGCAUGAUUGUUGAUGAAGGUCAUCGUCUGAAGAAUAAGGACUCAAAAUUGUUUUCCUCGUUGAAGCAGUACUGUAGCAGACAUCGUGUCCUCUUGACUGGAACUCCUCUUCAGAACAACUUGGACGAACUUUUCAUGCUUAUGCAUUUCCUUGAUGCAGGGAAGUUUGGAAGCUUAGAGGAUUUUCAGGAGGAGUUCAAGGAUAUCAAUCAAGAGGAACAAAUUUCUAGGCUUCACAAGAUGUUGGCCCCACAUCUCCUGAGAAGAGUGAAGAAAGAUGUCUUGAAAGAGCUACCUCCUAAAAAGGAACUAAUUCUGCGUGUUGAAUUGAGUAGCAAGCAGAAAGAAUAUUACAAAGCAAUUCUGACUCGUAACUAUCAGAUACUAACUCGGAAAGGUGGUGCACAGAUUUCACUUAUUAAUGUGGUGAUGGAACUGCGCAAGCUCUGUUGUCAUCCCUUUAUGUUGGAAGGCGUUGAACCAGAAGAUGCUAAUGAGUUUAACAAGCAACUGUUGGAAACCUCUGGUAAAUUACAACUUUUGGAUAAAAUGAUGGUGAAGCUAAAAGAGCAGGGCCACAGAGUUCUGAUUUAUUCUCAGUUUCAGCACAUGUUAGACUUAUUGGAGGAAUACUGUAACUAUAGGAAAUGGCAUUAUGAAAGAAUUGAUGGCAAAGUUGGUGGGGCAGAAAGGCAAAUUCGAAUUGAUCGGUUCAAUGCAAAGAAUUCUUCCAGAUUCUGUUUUCUACUAUCAACUCGAGCUGGGGGUUUAGGCAUAAACCUUGCUACUGCUGACACAGUAAUUAUAUAUGACAGCGAUUGGAACCCUCAUGCAGACCUGCAGGCAAUGGCUAGGGCUCAUCGCCUUGGUCAAACCAAUAAGGUAAUGAUUUAUAGGCUUAUAGCUCGAGGGACUAUUGAGGAAAGAAUGAUGCAAAUGACCAAAAAGAAAAUGGUCUUGGAGCAUCUUGUCGUUGGACGGCUGAAAGCACAGAACAUUAAUCAGGAAGAACUAGAUGACAUCAUAAGGUAUGGCUCAAAGGAGUUAUUUGCUGAUGAUAAUGAUGAAUCAGUAAAGUCUCGUCAAAUUCAUUAUGAUGAUACUGCAAUUGAUAGAUUACUUAAUCGUGAACAAGUCGGAGAUGAAGAGGCUGCAGUGGACGAUGAAGAGGAGGAUGGAUUUUUGAAAGCCUUUAAGGUAGCAAAUUUUGAGUAUGUUGAUGAAGCGGAGUUGGCAGCAGAAGAGGAAACACCUGUGCCACCAGCAGAGAAUAAAGCCUCAGUGAACAGUUCUGAACGAGCAAGCUACUGGGAAGACCUUUUACGAGAUAAAUACGAAGUGCACAAGAUAGAAGAAUUCAAUGCCAUGGGCAAGGGGAAGAGGAGCCGCAAACAGAUGGUGUCUGUUGAAGAAGAUGACCUUGCUGGUUUGGAAGAUGUCAGCUCUGAUGCAGAAGAUGAUAACUAUGAGGCUGAGUUAACUGAUAAUGAGACAGCUUCUGGAGCUGCAGCUGUGAGAAGAACGUACAGAAAACGAGCUCGUGCGGACACUUCAGAAAAACUUCCGCUGAUGGAGGGUGAAGGAAGAUAUUUUAGAGUGCUGGGGUUUAAUCAAAACCAGAGAGCUGUAUUUGUCCAAAUUUUGAUGAGGUUUGGUGUGGGGGAAUAUGAUUGGGCAGAGUUUGCACCACGUCUAAAGCAGAAAACUUAUGAAGAGAUCAAUGAUUAUGGGAGACUUUUCUUGGGACACAUAGUCGAGGAAAUAACUGACUCACCUACAUUUUCAGAUGGUGUACCCAAAGAAGGACUACGAAUAGAGGAUGUGCUUGUCAGGAUAGGAACCCUAUCUCUUAUACGAGACAAAGUGAAGGCUUUAUCAGAGGGCUCUAUCCUUUUCACGGAUGAUAUUAUUUCUCGCUACCCAGGACUUAAAGGAGGGAGAGUGUGGAAGGAGCACCACGAUCGGUUGCUACUGCGAGCAGUACAGAAACAUGGCUAUGGAAGAUGGCAAGCAAUUGUUGAUGACAAAGACUUGAGAAUCCAAGAAGUGAUCUGUCAGGAGCUGAACCUUCCUUUCAUCAAUGCACCAGUCCCAGGAGCUCCGCAAUCACAGAAUUCUGCUUCAGGAACCUCUCAACCACAAUUUCAUCCCUCAGGAAUGUCUCAGACGCAAGCCUCUGCUUCUGGAGUGUCUCAACCACAUACUCCUACUCCAGGAUUUUCUCAAUCACAAAAUGGUGUGAAUUCGGAACGUGUUGAAGCACCUGGAAAUCAGUCAAAGGGAACAACUGGUAGGAAUGAUUUUGGAGCUGAUGUUGCACAGGGAGCUACUGAUACUCCAGCGCGACCACAACUUUUUCAAGAUCAAUCUAUGUUGUACCAUUUUAGAGAGAUGCAGAGGAGACAAGUGGAGUUUAUCAAAAAGAGGGUGCUGCUUUUAGAAAAAGGACUUAUUGCAGAACUACAGAAAGUACAUUUUGCUGAUGUGAAAACAAGUAAUGUUCCAAAUGGUGAGACAGGGCACAAGGUAACAGAUCUAAAAAGUCCAAGUUCUGAGGCAUCAGAUGCUCAAAUGAUUGAUCAGCUGCCUCAAGUUGAGCUAUUUUCUCCUGAAGAAAUUCUCGCAUUUGCUUGUGACAAAAGCAAAGAUCGGUUAGAUAUGGCCAGGCUCUACAAUGAGGUGAGCAGGAUAAUAGCGGACAAUGGCCAAGAUUUGGCUGAAUCAUCUUAUAGACCUUCAAGUUUAAGGUUGCGAAAAAAUCUUGGUGCCCUUGAAGCAUUUAAUGAAGAGAUAAAUCGUAUACUUUCAUCAGUGCAGCUGAGCUCCCCUACCUUGGAUAAGCUGACUUCUAAAGGGGCAGAAAUCGAAAAUGUGGGAUCCUCAUCCACAAUCCUUGCAACUGACGCCAUGCUUGGAGUCGAGAACAUGGAUAUGGACAAUCCAAUUCAAAGCAAUCAAGCAGAGCCAAACAAAAGAGAAAUUGGUAAUAUUACUGCUGCAGAAUCAUUUCCAAAUGGAGUUGCAGACAUGGAAAUGGAGGAGAAGGAUGAUGAUAAUUCUGAGAAAUCGGCCCCUUAGGUUAUCAUGGAUUAGGUGCUUCAGUUUGAUUUCAAAAUGUUGUGCAAAACUACAGAAUCUGUUGUUAUAUAAGCUUGUGGUAUUAUUAUGACUGCGAUUUGGCAUGUAGGGAACUAAAAAACCUCAGUUAUGUGUGUUUUUGUGCGCAUGGGAUCCUGGAUAGUUCCCAGGUGUAUGUUUGACUAUAUAGCCUUGUGUUGAGUUUUCUUAGUCAUGUACUACUCUUAUAAUGUUUGAAUAUGAAUGGAGGAUCGGAUAUAGACAAUGUUUUAUUUGGUUC